AUGAAGCUCAAGAGCCUCCUGCUCCGGUACUACCCGCCAGGAAUCCUACUGGAAUAUGAAAAGAGUGGAGAACUAAAGACCAAAUCCAUAGACUUGCUCGAUCUCCAUCCUGGCACUGAUGUCAAUGCCUUAGUGGAAGAGAUACAGAUAGCAGAGCCGCUCAUCACAGCUUCCCGGACAGACCAAGUGAAACUCUUAAUACAGAGACUGCAGUAUAAACUCGGCCAGCACAGCACCCACAAAUUCUACCUUUUUAAGGUUCUCAGGGCACAUAUACUGCCAUUGACUAAUGUUGCGCUUAAUAAAUCAGGCUCAUGCUUCAUCACCGGGAGUUAUGACCGGACAUGCAAACUCUGGGACACCGCCUCCGGGGAGGAGCUUUACACCCUGGAUGGCCACAGGAACGUGGUUUACGCCAUCGCGUUCAACAAUCCUUAUGGGGAUAAAAUUGCCACUGGGUCCUUUGAUAAGACAUGCAAACUGUGGAGUGCAGAGACGGGGAAGUGCUUCCACACCUUUCGGGGCCAUACAGCAGAAAUCGUGUGUUUGUCGUUCAACCCGCAGAGCACGCUGGUGGCCACGGGCAGCAUGGACACGAAGGCCAAGCUCUGGGACAUCCAGACCGGGGAGGAAGUGUGCACGCUGGCCGGGCAUUCAGCAGAGAUCAUCUCCUUGUCCUUCGACACCUUGGGAAACAGAAUCAUCACCGGGUCUUUCGAUCACACCGUGGCGAUGUGGGAUGCCGCCACUGGCAGGAAGGUGUACACCUUGAUUGGUCAUUGUGCAGAGAUUAGUAGUGCCUUGUUCAACUGGGACUGCUCUCUGAUGUUAACCAGCUCCAUGGACAAAACCUGCAUGCUGUGGGAUGCUUCAAAUGGGAAAUGUGUAGCUACAUUAACAGGCCACGAUGAUGAAAUACUAGACAGCUGUUUUGAUUACACCGGAAAGUUAAUUGCGACCGCCUCAGCAGAUGGCACAGGCAGGGUGUUCUGCGCCGCCACCAGGAAAUGUAUCACCAAACUGGAAGGUCACGAAGGUGAAAUUUCAAAGAUUUGUUUCAACCCCCAAGGGAACCGCCUUCUCACCGGCAGCUCUGACAGGACAGCGAGACUCUGGGACGCCCAGACGGGCCAGUGCCUGCAGGUGCUGGAGGGCCACACAGAUGAGAUCUUCUCCUGCGCCUUCAACUACAAGGGCGACAUCAUCAUCACAGGCAGCAAAGAUAACACCUGUAGGAUAUGGCGCUGAAGAAGGGAGCUGGCCGCCGGGAGCCGCAGCCGUCCACAU